GCCUAUAGUCAACAUACUCAUAGUCAUAGUGACAGUCUAUCUUUAAUCUUCAUUGUACAUUGUAGACCUGUACCUGUAUAAGUGUAUACUACUUACUAGAUCUAGAUUUAGAUCUAUAGACUGCACCUAGAUCUAGACUAUAUCUGUCUAUAUCAUAUUUAUAUGAGUAGCCUAUAUCACAUAUUUGACAUAUGAUCAAGAUCUAGAUCUAAAUACAAUAUCAUUGAAUAUCAAGAUUGUUGACUAUCUUUGUAUCAAUAAGUUGAAAUUUAAAAUGGAAACUGUCCAUUUUACUUUAUCAGAUUCAGAUAUUUCUGAUUUCAUUUUAAACGCCUACAAUAAACAAGUGUGUGUUAUAAAGCAGUUUAAAUCCCAUGAAGACAAAGUUCUACUGGUACAAGAGCUUCAUCCAUUUAAGGAAGGAGACAAAUACAUCUUUAAAAUUCUGCUCUUUAAAAAAGAUGAAGAAACUUUGUUUAAAAGGAUUACAGCUGUUAAAUUUUUGCUUCAACAAGGCUUCAUAUGUUCUGAAUUUUUAAAAGGAAAAGAUGGUAAUUAUACACAGUCAUUUGAAAAAGGUGGUUCAAAAUAUUUAUGUAUUUUAUAUUCUUACCUGCCUGGAAUAGAACUGGAAUAUGCUGUGGAUCUACGGGACAUCAGAACACUCUUUGAAACUGGAGCUUUAGUUGGAUAUUUACAUAAGACAUUUGAGAGCUUCUCUGUUGAAAAUUUGAAUCCUGAUCCAGAAGAUGCAUGGUUAUUUAGUAAUUUUCAUUUGUUAAAAAAAGAAGAAUAUCUCUGCAACGUCAAGUGCCAAGACUUGAAAGAAAAAAUUGUAAAAGCGAUAGAAGAUGCUGAGAAAUCAUUUCUGUCGAAACAAAAUGUCUUGAAAAAAGGAUUUGUCCAUGGCGAUUUUCAUACUUUAAAUGUAAUUGUUAAGGAAGCAAUGAUAGAUUUAAGAAAAGACAAUUUUCUGUGUACUGAAAUUUCACUUUCAUCUUCAGUGUCUAAGGAGACCAAGGGCAGUCAUUUGGAACUAUUAAAUUGUCUAACACAGAGUCAACAUACCUCUAAAAAUGCUUCAAUAGAAUACUUGCUACUGAAAUAUGGAAUAAUAGACUUUGGAGAAAUUAUAUACACUUUUAGAGUUUUAGAAGUUGGUAGACUCAUAACAGAUAUUAUGGUGUCAAUACUUAUGGCUCACUAUUUUAAUAAGGGUCGUGUAAUAAAUGUUCAACACACAGCUGAAAAAUCUCAUAGUCAUAAAGAAGAUAUAUUAAUUUUAAAUGGUGAAGAGACAAAACUUGUGGGAAAUAACUCUCUGGAUAUCCCUGUUUAUCAUGAUGAUCAAACUGUCAAGUUGCCAGAUAGUGAGAAAAUUGUGAAAGAUAUAUGCAAGGCAGGAGCAGUAAUUUUAAAAGGUUACUUUUCAACAAACUCACUUUCUGAAUGUGAACUUGCUGUUUUGAUGGAUGCAAUGUUAAUUUCCCUAGCACAAUACAUUGUAUUGAUUGAUCUCUCCCAGAUGAAAGAUGAUGAGGAAUCACAAAUUGACUUAAAAUGUCGUGAGUCUUCUAUCAUCCUAUUUCAAGAGUUUUGCAAGAUUGAGAAAGAUGAUUUCUUCAGGCUGUACUUGGAUGUUGUUUGCAAUAUAUCACAGGAAUUGGUGUAAUGAUUUGUAAUUUUAUACAUUUGAUGUAAACAAUAAUGUGUUGUCUCAAUAAAUACAAUUAACAAUUCAAAGUGCUUGGCUUCAGACCCCGAUUCAAAUUCUGGUGAAGACUGAGAUUUUUAAAUUUGAGAUCUUUGGGCACCUCUGAGUCCACCCAUUUCUGUUGGGUACCUGAUGUUAGUUGGGGAAAAGUAAAGACAAUAGUUCAUUAUACUGGCCACAUGAUACCCUCUUUUAACUGUGGGUUACAGGAACAGAUGACCUUUACAUCAUCUGCCCUACAUUAAGGUAUGAAAGGUUAACUUUACCAAGUCAAAUAAUUAUGAUGUGUUUAUGAAAACUUUAUGGCAGAAGCAUGGAAAAAAAAACUAUUUUUUAUUUUUUUUUAUUCAGGUAAUAUUCAUCCCUUAAUCUUGUGUUUAUAUUGAAAUUUUUAUUUAUGUUACAGAUACAAAAAAAAUGUAUCAAAAUACUAAAUGAUAAAAAAGGUACUGUCAGGUCUGAGUAGCACUAUUAAAAAUACUCUUCUUUAAUCAUCAGACUCAUAGAAUACAUACAAUAAAGAGUUUCUAUAACUAUCUAACUUUAAUGUAAAAUGAAUUUGAAUUUUUUAUUUGAUAUAAUUAGUGAUGAAUAGAUACUUUGGCAAUGCACUUUUCUGAAAAAAAAAAAGAAAAAAUUAACCAAGGUAAAUUUGUAGGCUUAUUAUGUAAUCAUUUUGUAAACACUUUCUGUAGGAAGUUACAAAUAUUUUAAGCUUAUAUAUAGAUAAGGUUUCUACAUGAAAUUAAGAUAAUUGGCACUGACAUUGGCUUCUUAGAUCUCACCAUUUCAUUAAUGAAUAUGAAUAAAUUUAAAGAAAAUAAAUUGAGCUACUUUAGCAACCUUCAUAAUUGAUUUAAAGUCAUUAUAUUUCAGUGAAACUAUAUUAUUCGAUUGGGAUCACUUGCAUGUCUUAGUUUUUUUUAAUUAUACCCAUUUUCUUUUCUUUUAGCCUGAUUGGAUGCUUUGUGAUAUUUUUAAAUCAAUCUUUUUAAAAUGAGUCAAGGCUGUUCCUAUGUUAACUGUUGCUUGUACUGUUGAUGUCAUUUUUACUUAUUAACAUUUUGAUUAGUUAUGCCAAGCACCAUAAAGAAUGUUUUGCUACACCUAUGCUCAGACAACUAUGCUCAGACAACUAAGCUCAGACAACUAUGCUCAGACAACUAUGCUCAGACAACUAAGCUCAGACAACUAUGCUCAGACAACUAUGCUCAGACAACUAUGCUCAGACAACUAAGCUCAGACAACUAUGCUCAAACAUUUAAGCUCUAUAAAUACAGCACUUAAAAUUCACUAGCAUUUUACUUUUAAUCUCAAUUGGAACUUACUAGAAAAUAAUAAUAACAAAGGUUACUUAAAACGAAAAGUUACAUUAGCUAACCAGUAUACAUAAAUACAUUAUUAAUUACAUUAAUAGAGUUCUUUUCAAGUGUUUUUCUGCAGCAUAAUUGUUUACAUUAUUUGAAUGCCUGAUAAUAUUUAGUAUAAAAUUUAUAUAAUAGUAUAGUUUGACAGCAUCUGUAGUCUUCUGCUUCUGUUGCAGUCAUUAAGAAUGGUUAUUUUUUGAAAAGUUUUUAUCCACUUGAUAUGCCUUUGAAAAAAAGUGUCUUUAUUUCCCAAAAUUCAAAUCAUCACCUAAUUUGUUGCAUUAAUUAUUCACACUACAAAAUACUAGAUGUUACUCACCUGAUUUAUCCAUUCUGUCCGGGUGGUCCACCUGGAAGUUACAAAAUUUCUGUAGUAUAUUGUCUUCAAACUAUUGUGUAAGCAUUUUGUCAUUUGGGAGGGGGAGGGUCAAAGUUUAUGGUACAUCUCCUGUCUAAAGCAUUAGGCUUUUAGGCCAUAUUGCUUCAUUUAAUAACAUAUUCUUUGAAAUUAUUUGAAAUAAGUUUAUUUAAUAAGGCAUUAAGAAUAAUUAUUAUCAUAGAAAUAUAGCUUGAAUGUGUCUCAAUGCUGCAUCCGAUACUGGAGAGUAGACCUAUUUCAUCCACACUAAUAUAAAUUUAGGGGCCUAUAUAUCUUUUCAAAGUGAACAAUAUGCUUUUAUUCUAUAAUCUUUUAGGAAGAAUACUCGAACCACACCAUGGAAACAGCUUGAAGUUUCUCUCUUUCAGAGCAGAAGAAUAUAUGCGGUGACUGCUUAAGUCUGGCUACCCACUACAAUUUUGGUUAAUCAGUUGAGGGAAAGGAAACUCAUUAACUUUUAGCUGGGCUCUCUAUUGCUAUGGUACACAUAAGGACAAUUAUUACUUGCCUUACGUGAAGGAGGUCGCACACUCCUAUUAGCACGAGCCUGUUAGGGCGGGGCCAAACCAAGUCACAUUUCAUCUGCCAAACUAAAACAGAUGUUACAAAGCUCGUAAAAAUCCUACCCAUCAAUCGCCAUCUAUUGCUUUACUGAUGCUAUAGGAGUUGAGGUCCUUAUAAAGGGGAUUCCCUUUCACUGCGGCGUGAGGGGGGGGGGAAUGAGGUAGCAAACGCCCUUCCAAGAGAGGGUGCGCUGGCCACAGUAAGUCUCAAAGCACCAAGCACAUUUCGACAAUAUAAACCCUGGGUGAACUCUGACAAAGCCAGGAGGGUCUGGCAGCAUAUGCUUCACCAUGAUCGCGAUGAUCUAGUGUAGUGUAAGAUGCAGCACAUAUCUUGCACAAAUUAUCUGGAAUUCACUAGAUCUGUAUGGAGGCUACGAUGCACUACGAUGUAGGCCUACUGACUAGUUUCUUGCCAGAGCACUACUAGAAUACUCCUUCCUGUUCUGAACCCAAUUAGAGUUUACUUCAGCUGAAUGAUGUUAUCUUGUGUUUUUCUUCCUUAUCUGGGAAAGAACUCACCUUUGUCUCCUUUAAUGCCCUUCUCGCCUGGUUCACCUGUAACAAAGUAUACGAACAACAUAUAUUUUAUGGGAUUUAGGAGGCAUAGUUUAAUAACAUAUCAGUGAUUCAUUUGUAUGGUAGGCAUUGGUAGAAUAUAACAUAUUUCCUCAAUCUUCCUGCAUUGUUACACAAUCUCACACAAACAUUAAUGUAUUGUAAAUAGAAAGUAUCUAAUGUAGUAUUAAAACAUAUUAAUUAAUGCAUAUGACAUAUAAAGCCCAAAACAAACACUUUUAAUUAUGUAAUCGUGGGUGUAUGUAUACAAAUAUAACAUACCUUUUUCACCACUUUUUCCUUUAUCUCCGGGGUUUCCUGGGGCACCUGUAGAAACAAAAAUAUUCAUCUAUUGUAGGCCCUACUACUUGUAGUAUGUGAUUAUAUUUGCUUGAAAGUCAUUUACUUAUAUUCAAAAAAUAAAAUAUUUGUUAUUUAAAGAUAGAAGAAAAUUACCAGAUGCUCCAGUCACUCCAGGUUCCCCUGUACAAGAAAACAAAAGUAAAAAUAUUUUAAACAUUUACGGUAUAAAAGAACUUAUUUUAGUUAUUAUAAGUUAUUGAUUAAAAUUAUUAUAUUUUUAAACAAAUGAACACAAGACAAAAGUAAAUACCUAAAACUUUACUUUGUAACUAUUUUUUUACACGCUUUUGUGUGUUGUAUUUUCUACAUAGAAGCACUACAAAUGCAAGCGAGAAUGUUAUUUCAAUGAUUUCGCCUUUAGUUAUUAGUACUAAAAAUAUUAAUUUCUUUCGAAGUUAAAAGAAAGAAUGGGCAAAUGAAAUGAAAAAGCAAUUAAAUAAAGUAAACCACUUGCCUUUUGGACCACCUGGACCCACUUCUCCUGUAGAACCUUUCAAAUAAAUAUCAGACAAAAUGAAUUAUUAUUUUGCAAAGUAUUAACAUACAAAUCGUAACAAUCGACGUUUGUUUUUUAAAGGUGUACGCUAUUUUCCCUGGGGAAAUGAUCCCAAAAAUGUUUUUCACUUUUUGCUUCAGAGCUUAUUGCAGUCUGUCAAACAAAUUAAUUAAGCAUAAAAAUUGCUUUUUAAAAGUCUCUCUUAUAUUGAGUGAAAUUGCAUCAAUCACCUUGAAUCAAUCAUGUAACUAAUUUUUAUUGACUCAAAAUUUAACCAUAUACUUGCAAUACCAUAUAUAGCUUUGCUGUCCAAUAAAGAUAAUUGGACAAAU